AUGGCUCUGUUACAUCAUUGCAAAUUUUGCAACAUAGACGUUUUAUCAAACAAUUUGAUAGAACACUCCGAGACGGAACGUCAUAAGCUGCUGUGUGAGCAAGAAAAGUCGGACGAUUGUGCUGUUUACAUUGUGGAGAGUGCAUUUAAGCGUAGGAUUGUCAGUUACCGAAUUAAUGGGAGUGCAGACAUUUUAGAUCCUAAAUUGUAUUUGCUAAGUAUUGGAGAGAAGCUUGAAAAGGUGAUCAACAUUGAAUUAGAAACACAUAAAAAUGUAAAAAUAAAUGUGGAACUUUUUGGUACUUUUAUGAAAACCAAUACUGAAGGUGAAGUGAUACGUGAUCUAAAGUCCUUCAACACUAAAAACGUGGUUAUGCAUAAAGACUGUAUGGAUUUUCCAUUUUAUUUUGAACAAAUAUCCAUGUCUAUUUCUAAGAAAUGUGAAGAUUUUACAGAGCGCGACAGCGGUUGGACGCUCGAGAAAAUUGAGUAUCUUAAUGUGAACAUUAAUAAAUACCAACCACUCAAAGGAUCUACAUAUAUACCGCUUCCGCCCGAGGUACAAGCGAAGAAGGCAUGUGUUAACGUGAAAAACAGUGAUGACAAGUGUUUUUUCUGGGCUAUCAUUAGUGCGCUAUAUCCAAUCCAUAAAAACAGUGACCGUACCUCAUCGUACCCACAUUAUACGGACAUUUUGAAUGUGACAGGUAUAAAAGAUCCGGUUUGUCUCUCGGACAUUAAGAAAUUUGAAAAAUUAAAUAAAAUUAGUGUUAAUGUGUAUGGAAUAGACGACGACAGGAAUGACAGGGGCCUGACUAUUGUACCUCUACGUAUUUCGAAAAUGUCAUUCGAUAACCAUGUAAAUUUGCUUUAUUUUGAGAGGGGUCAUAUUUCACAUUAUUGUUGGAUCAAGAACUUGUCUCGUUUGGUGAGUUCGCAAAUUAGUAAGCAUGGAAAAGCUACAUGGAUAUGUGAUGGGUGUUUACACCCCUUUGCAAAUAAAAAUAAAUUAGAUCAACACCGAACAAUUGGUUGCGGGGAGACACUUGUCGAGCUACCCGAGCAAAAUGAUAAAUACUUACAUUUCAAAAAUUAUAAAAAUAAAAUGAAGGUACCAUUUGUAGUUUAUGGUGACUUUGAAUCGAUUCUAGUUCCGUUGGAUAGUGAAAAGUCUACAAGUGCUACGUAUAACACCCAUAAACAUGUGCCAUGUAGUUUUUCCUAUUACAUUCAUUGUGAUUAUGAUAGUAAUUUAUCAAAAUUUGUCAUAUAUCGUGGUGAAGAUUGUGUACAGAAAUUUAUAAAGAGCCUUCGUAAAGACGCUGAUAGAAUUAUAGAAAUCUUGCAAAAAGUCGUACCACCAAAAAAUAACAGCGGUGCUAACACCUCCUCCGACGUGUGUCAUAUUUGUAAGAAAAAAAUUGGAAUAGGUGAAGCGGGGCGAUGGCGGACGGGGGGUAGACAGCUGCUGUCUAGACUGCGGCAGCAGGCGCACCGGCUGCGACUGCAGGCGCACCGACUGCGACUGCAGUCGCCGGCAUGGCGCAGCACGGGUGCCCUCUGCCCUGGGGGCUGCACUACCCUCACAGGUAUUGAAACUCAAAUAAUGUGUGCUGAUGACCGCUACGACAGCGAAACGGAGGCGCCGCCGCGGCGCGCGCCGCCACUGUACGCGCACGCGCACGCGCACGCGCGCGACACGCAGGCGCUCAUCGACACGCACGCGUGCAAAGGCGAGGCGGAGGAGCGUUUCGCGUACGGUCCGGGUGCGAGUGCGGGGGCCACGACGUUAGUGCCCACUCUGCUGCCCGACCACGAGCGACUCGAACCGUACAAAUGCGUGGACGGCGCGCGCGGCAGCGACGAGAACGCCGUCUCGUCGUCACAGUCGGGGCACACACACUGGGACAAGAUAGGUAAGCACACACUAUGGCCAUAUAUCAGACACCUUCACGGCCACAAGGCGGAUAAGGCCGCUCAUACAGUAGGGUAG